GGUGUUGGAGCUUACAUCUGUAAGCAUAUCUCUGUGGUACAUGAGUUGCCCACCCGCUUUGACCGCCACCCGGUCAGCUCAUUUCGCGGGAGACCACCAACGAAGCCGAUUUCCGUCUUCUUUUCCGAUAAUACCUAGAAUUAUCUCUUCAAGGUUACUUCUGUGCACGAAGAGAGUCCAUACUGACUGGUCGCCAUGCAAUGCAAAAUAAUUAUCGUAGGCGCUGGAAUUGCCGGCCUCUCCGCUGCCAUAGCUUUGCGAAAGAGCUGCCAUAUUGUUGAGAUAUACGAGAGAUCUUCAUUCAAGAACGAGCUUGGAGCCGCCAUAACAAUUGGUCCUAAUGCUGGCCGACUGCUCAAGCUAUGGGGUGUCGACCCAGCGGCGGCCCGCUUCGUCACAUCAGACGCCAUCCGUUUCUGGUCUUACGACAAACUCGAAGAGCAGUCUUUCGUUGAUGAAACCCAUGCGGAAGAGCGAUUUGGAGCUCCUCUAUGGUAUGCGCAUAGAGUGGAUCUGCAUGACGCUUUGAGAGCCAUCGCAACUCAGCAAGAUGGCCUAGGUACGCCAGUCGUCAUCCACCUCGGCAAGCCUGUUGUCAAAUAUCACCCAGAAGAUGCGUCUGUGACCCUUGCAGAUGGCGAGGUUGUCACUGGAGAUGCCGUGAUUGCAGCUGAUGGCGUGCAUUCAGGUGCCGUAGAAGCUGUACUCGGACAUCCGAACCGCGUGAUGCCAGCUAACUCGCUUAACUUCAUCUACCGAUUCUUGCUAACACGGAGUGAUAUAAAGCCUCAGUCCCCGGCCAGCUUCUUUCUUCGAGAUGGGUUUGAAAAAAGCUGUACGGUCUUUUCAGAUGGACUGAAGAGACGCCUUGUCUAUUAUCCUUGCCGCAAUGCUGAGGUGAUGAACUUCGGAGCUUUAUGUUACGACAAUAAUCUUGAUCCAGACGCCAGCCAGGAAGAUUGGCAUGCUCCAGUUGAUAAAUCGACUAUGUUCAAACAUUUCGAGGGAUAUCAUCCGACUCUUCUUGGAACCAUGAAUGAAUGUACUGACUUGAAAGGUUGGCCUCUGCUGUAUCGCGCACCCGUCACGAAGUGGCAUAGAGGCAAUUUGACCCUCACCGGUGAUGCAGCCCAUCCAAUGUUGCCCUUACAAGGUCAAGCUGGGUGCCAGGCUAUGGAAGAUGCAAUGGCACUCGGUCUUGCAUUCCAUGGAGUGCGGAGAUCAUCACAGAUUCCAGAGCGGCUGAAGACCUACGAAUCCAUUAGGCGAAAUCGAGCAUCUUUGAUACAAGUCCUCAGUGAUAGAGGAACCGAACAAGGGAUUCCGGACGAUGUAUUGAAGUAUCUUGAAGGGCAACCAGUUCCAAGUAAGUCCAUAUUGUUCGGCACUGGAGGUUUUCAAAGAUUUUCAGCUCGAACAGAUAUCUGUCAGUGCUAACUUGAGCCAGAAAAUGCAAUCGAGAAACUUCAACUAGUCUACGGGCAUGAUGUUGUGGAGCAUUCAGCGAGUCACAUGAAAGCUAUCGAUAAUGAAUGGUCGUUGCCACAGUGGUUGAUUGAUGCUCGGACAAGCCAAUGAAUGCUCAUCAUACUCAAGUGCCUAGAUGGUACAAGGCCGAGGUUCUGCUCAUCGGCAGGCAAUUGGGAGACCGCGAUGACCCAUUCAUAGUGCUAACAUCCCAGAAUAGGCAAGUUGAAAUGCCUGGCGAAUGGAGAUUGAAAUUAUACUAGUUGCUAUCUAAACACAGAUGCAGUGUAAAGUCGUUUUUAACUUGGCACUUUUCCACGAUAUUUACCGAUCAAAUUGUAGUAGAAACUGCGUCGGCGCUCAUUUGGUAGGUCCAGAUCUAGUUGAGUAUAAUUGGGAUCAAGUCAAGUCAGCUAGCGCCUGAAUGACAGUCACGUCAGUUACUAGACUUUGUGUCGACAUGGG